UCUGCGUCAGGAUGCCCCACGGUUGUCCUAUAUGGCGACUACGACACUUUGCAGGCCGGUAGGAUGACUUCCUACACCAUGACGGGAGACACCCACAAUGACCGGCCCGUGUACUACAGCAGCGUCACCUGCAACUACCUGUAUUACAACAAGCGUGACCUGGAGUGGCGCGUUGGACCGCAGUUCGACCGCAGGCCCGUGCGUGUCAGGGACUCCCACCUCUACGCUGACCAGAUCAACGGGACGUUCCGUCUGUUAAACGACGGGGAGUGGAUAGAGAACCCGGAUGUGAAGAUUGCCUGCUCUGAUGACGUCCCAGCUGGCGUGGUAGUUCUACAAUCGGUAGGGGGCGCUACAAACUGUACGAGGGUCCGUCUGCACGGCGGUGCCGACUACCAACCCUCUCUCAUGACGACCUACACCAGAACAGGCCAGACCAGUGGGGACAGACCUGUCUACGUUAGUGACACAAACAGCCAAAACUUUCUUCACUUUGUCGAAGACUUAAAGCAUUGGUGGGUGGGUCCCACGAUCGGAAAACGCAGCGGCGACGCUCGUGUCCAUAACUGCGCCAUGACACCUGACCAGAUCAGGUCACCGUGGAACCUUUUUGACGGGAAUCAAUGGCAAGUCGUCUGGUCGGUUACUGCCAGCUGUGUUGGAAAACUCUGUCAACAACUGAUGGCACCUUCUAACGGCAACAUCAGCGGCGGUAGUUCUUGUGGGGACGUCGUUACGUAUCAUUGUGACGCUGGAUACGAGAUCAGCGGCGAUGAAAAACGAACCUGCCAGUCGGACCAGACCUGGAGCGGCACUCAGCCUACAUGCGCCCGAAAACCCUGCCCAGAGCUACCGCAUCCAACCAACGGCAACAGGACAGAAGGUCAUCUUUACGGAGACACAGUCACCUUUUCCUGUAUUGAAGCCUACGAACUGAUUGGUUCUGAAAACAGAACUUGUCAGACCAACCAGAGCUGGUCCGGCGUGCAGCCCGUUUGCUCCAGUAGGUGA